GUUUGUCACAUAGACCACAAGGAAAUGUCAAACAAGUUUAAAUAGAAAACACUGACGCGGAGCACUGAAAAUAACUGAGGAGUACUAGGAAACCGAGAAUCUGACUUCAUUCAACUUGAUUUAUUUAUACAGGUUAUACUCAUCCAGCUAUAAUAUCUUUGGCAAGACCGACCUGUUUAUAAUCAAAUAUUUUGUUGAGGAAAGAAAAUGAAGACAAACAUUUCCUGUGGACACAUUAACAUGGACUUUACUCACACGUUCUUACCUACAGUGUAUAUGUCCGUGUUUAUUGUCGGCCUUGUUGGUAACUGCUGGGGACUAAAAUCCUUGUUUGCGAACUGGAAGAAAUUCGGAAAUAUCAACAUUUUUGUUCUGAACCUUGGAAUUGCAGAUAUUCUGUAUUUGCUCACUCUUCCAUUUCUGUUUGCGUACUACUCAGCAGGCAGUCACUGGGCCUUUGGACAAGUCUUCUGCAAGAUGACAAGAUUCUGCUUCAAUUUGAACUUGUAUGGCAGUAUUGGUUUCCUCACAUGUAUUAGUGUAUACAGGUACCUGAGCAUUGUCCACCCACUGAGAGUGAUGGGCAGGAUAACAAGGGGCCACUCUGUAGUCAUCACAGCUGUAGUUUGGGGUUUAGUCUGCAUUGAGAUUAUUCCUGAUAUGUUCUUUGACAAAACAAACUCUUCUUCAGGGAAAGUCAAAUGCGUUGACACCACCUUCAACUUCUCUACCAAGGCUUACCUGGACUACAGUAUUGCGUGGACAGUAUCUGGAUUUUUCAUCCCUCUGCUCAUCAUAUUGGGUUGCUAUGGACACGUGGCUGUGGUCCUCUUUAACAACCCCAACAUUGACCAAGUGAUGAAGCAGAGAUGCCUUAAACUGGUGAUCAUUGUGACUUUACUCUUCUCAGUUUGCUACAUACCGUAUCACAUAUUCAGAAAUCUAAACCUGAAUACUAGGAUUUUGAAAAGCAAAGGCACAUGUGAGGAUUGGUUUGCUGGCAUCUACAUUGCUCACCAAGUCAGCCGAUCACUCGUGUGUCUAAACAGUGCCAUCAACCCAUUGGUUUACAUCCACAGCAAUGAAAACCUGCUCGUACAUAUCACCAGGCUUUGGGAACGAGCUCGUCGGUCUGUGCCUCUGCUAUUCAACCAUCGCAUCCAGACACAAACCCCACCGUUAUGGACUCACAUUGAAAUAGCAGUGUAGCUUUGUUUGCUUUCUUGAGAGUCGUUCUGCUUUUCUUUCAGCAAUUUCUAAUGUGUUCAUUACGGUGCAUAUUAUUGUUUGAAUAGGGUUCAAAGUACAGUUCCCAGAUUCUGGCUGUACUAUAAAUAUGCUGAUAUUUUUUAUUUUACCUUUAUUUAACCAGUUAAGAACAAAUUCUAAUUUUCAAUGACGGCCUAGGAACAGUGGGUUAACUGCCUGUUCAGGGGCAGAACGACAGAUUUGUAACUUGUCAGCUCGGGGGUUUGAACUUGCAACCUUCCGGUUACAAGUCCAAUGCUCUAACCACUAGGCUACCCUGCCGCCCCAUAUGGAAAGUACAUUGUAUUCCUUGCAUGGUCAUCUGCAUGAAUGUACAUUCCUGGUUAUUCAUUGUAUCUAAGAGAUGUAAAUAUAUUGUAAAUAUACAGUAUAUUUAACGGAUAGAUGUAAAGAUGUUGUAAAUGUAUAAUAUUUGCCAGACAGUUGCAACUAAACACACAGUAGGCUGUAUUGGUUUAUGGUGCCUUGUAUUAAGGAUACGAUAAGAGCCAUGUGAAAACACCAAGUGCUGUGAAUGCAUUUGCAGAAGAACAGGAAACGUUGUUUUCACAAAAGGUGUAAAUCUGCUUUCAAGAUGUAGAGUUAUCACCACGUGAGGAUUUCCUGUGUGGUGAUCUGAUGCAUACCUGACCAUAAAGGUUUUAAAAAGUGGCUUGUGAAGUAUUGACGUGAAAAUGCAAAGUUAUCAAGAAGACUUUCGCUGUUUAUUCCGCAUCAUUUGAACGUAUUCUCAUUUUAUUCCAAAUAAAAAUUGUCACCAUUUACACUGUGUAUUAUAAAAUUGAUAACAUGAGUGAAAAUACACAGCAAAUGCAGGAUUGCAUCAUAAUAACCCAAUAAAACCUUGAUUCAAAAAGUGCAUGUAAUAA